AUGGCACUGCAGAUGCAGGCGCAGGCCCCGUCGCUGGCGCGCGCGCCGGCGGGGAGCCCCGCGCGGCUCCGGUCGGCGUUCUGCGCGCCGCCGCUGCUUGUGCGGGUCCGGCUGCCAGCGCCGUGCAGGGCGACGUCCGCGGCGGCGGCGCGGAUCACGAUGCGGUUCGGCCGCGUUGAGACGAAGCAGGCCUACAUCUGCCGGGACUGCGGGUACAUAUACAAGGACAAGACUCCGUUUGAGAAGCUGUCCGAUGACUACUACUGCCCUGUCUGUGCCGCUCCUAAGAGAAGAUUCAGGCCCUACGAACCACCAGUGGCCAAGAACGCCAACGCCACUGAUGCCCGGAAGGCGAGGAAGGAGCAGCUCAAAAAGGACGAGACUGUGGGGAAAGCUUUGCCUAUUGGUAUCGCGGUCGGGAUCGUUGCAUUGGCGGCCCUGUUCUUCUACCUGAACAGUGUCUACUAG